AUGAGUCUGACUGCGGAGAGCAAAGAACAUGAGUUACUUCUAGUGCACUGCCACCCUGGAGCUCUCGAGAGUGAAGUUUCGGAAGUCUGCCAUCGCACUUUGUGGCUCAGUUCCACGUUGUUUUGCUUUGCAUAUCGUGCGCAUCAGAACCAGCCAGGGCGAGCAGUCUGCAUAAAGUUGUCCUCAGCACCAAGAAGGGUUUCAUCCAUAGAGGACACCAUGAAGGCUGUGUGGAGCUCACUGGCAGCGGUGGUGGUUGCAUUUACUGUGCACAUGUCAGUGGAGCGAUGCCACGACGGCCAAGCGACACACCACUGGCGUCACCAUUUCGACAUGGCUGUUCAGAAUGGUGAGCCGCCACUGUACAAUUCUGUAACGCAUGGGUACGUGUACGGGCGUUGGCGGAAGCCCAUACAGGCUGAGGUCACUUUCGCCGGGCUAGGCCGCAUGGAGAAGCUGUGGAAUCUAAAGCAGUUCGAUUAUACAUCCAUCAGCACAGACCAGUAUUUCAUUGGUUUUGCUUUGGUCAAUCUUCAGUAUGUCAGUGAAGUCUUUCUUUACAUUGUCGAUAAGAACGAGGAUCCAAGCAACAAAAUUGAUUUUGAUUCCCUCGUACCUGGUGGUGCCGGCGUCCGCUUGAGUGCAUCGUCACACACAGGCUGUUCUGAAGGCUAUAACCCUUUCCCAGCACUGCUCACUCCUUACCUUAUCAGAAAGUGUUGGGAUGAGCCUUCCAGGAGUUGGAACAUCAGCGUUGACCUCACUGCGCGCCGCGACAAGACACGGGCCAGCCACCACAUCCAAGUUCAAGCCACAAUGAAAGAGCGCGAGGCCAUGGCUUUUGUAUACCCAAUUGAGGACAGGCGGCCGGCAUAUGUACACAAGGGGGCAGGUUUGCCUGUCAGUGGGUUCGUAAGCAUCGACGGAAAGCAUCACAGUUUCGCUGACGGUCUUGGCUCCUUAGAUUGGACGUACUCGCUGGCAAAGCACGAGACCAGGUGGAAAUGGGUCUCACUUUCAGUGCGGGCUCAAGUUGAUGGCAAAGACGUGGACCUAGGAAUCAAUCUGAGCGAGUGGGUGUACGACGUGCCUGAACAUGGCUCUGUGGAAAACGCAGUUUGGAUUGAUGGCACGGUGCACCCUGUCGAUGGCAUCGUGGACAUCGCGACCCCUGAUGGAGAUCUGCUCGUGGAUGCAUGGCUCGUGAAGUCCCGGAAAGAAGCCAAGGUCCAACUCGACCUGACCUGUAAACCGCUUGGCUUCCGCGCGGUCGAAGUGAAUGCGGGUGUUCUGGUCAACAAUUUCGUGCAGCCCUACGGGAUCUUCGAGGGCACUGUUGUGCUGCAGGAUGGCCGAAGAGUGGUAGUCAAGGAUGCCAUGGGUGUGGUAGAAAGGCAUCACGCCAGAUGGUGA